GCCGGCGUUUCUCCAGCGCGAAAGAGAGACGUGUCUCCGCCAGCCGAGUUGGAGAGCGAGUCCCCAACUGAGGAGGACCGAGGCGAGAAGGCUUCAAAGAGGAAAAGCAAGAGGAAAUUCCUUUCGAUCGGGGUCAGUUGGGCACCGACUUCUAGAAGCAUUUGCCCAGAGUCCUACUGAAAAGCUCUACAGUCGGUAUGGCUGAGAACCGGACAAGGGGUCGUGGCCCCGUCGCGGACAGCCCCGGAGCAGAGUCGCCGGCAUCUGCGCCAGGCCAAGACACCCGAAGGGAAAACCGCGACUCAGACCUGGAAGAGUUGCGCGUCCGCUUCAGAACGUUUAGCAGCUCGGACGAAUCCGACCCCAUCAAGGCUCUGAGGAGGCUCCGUGAACUCUGCGGGCUGUGGCUGAGGCCGGAUCUUCACACCAAGGAGGAGAUGGUGGACAGGCUGGUGCUGGAGCAGUUCGUGAUGUGCGUGCCCCCUGAGAUCCAGGUGUUAGUCAAAAGUAGUGGUGCCGAGACUUGUGAGGAUCUGGAGGAGGUGCUGAGAAAGAAGCAGAAACUGACGAAAUGGGCUGUAGUGCGUGUCCAAGGCGAGGAUGUUUUGAUGCCCGUCUCGGGUGUUGAGAUGUUAGGAUCUGAGGUCAGUGAAAGGCACAGUGAGGGAGACCGAGCCAGGGAGCCCCAGCCUACAGUCAGUGUCAUCCCUCCAGACGAGGGCCAGCAGGAAAGCCAAGACGGGCAGCAUCUGCCAGGAGCCAAGGACCUGUCGAGGGGGCAGGGCCAGAAAGCUCUCCCGCCAGAGACCAUUCCUGAAACAGGUGAACUGGAGGGUCAGACGCCCUCCAAGGAGUACUUGGUGAAGGACCUGCUGGAAGACACAGGAGUGACAAGAACCCUUUCGUCUCAAGAGCCUGAACUUCUGCAGGAUCGUGAGGGAGACGUUUCCACUCCAAGUGGAUCCAGACGACGUCCUCUGAAGAAUCACAAACAUAUCAAAAGGAAGCGGGAGAGCAGUCCCACUUGCCAAGACGUGGGUCAAGAGGCAGACACGUGUUUGGACCAAGGAGAGUUCUCAGGACAGCUCGGGUCCCAUUCUGUUGGUUCAUCUGGCACCGUGGAACCCACCAGUCUUCCUGAGGGAGCAGAAACCCCGGGACGGGCACCCUCUGAAUGCAAGGUGUGCAAAAAGACCUUUCCUUGUCAAUCUCAGUUUACCCUGCACCAGAGGACACACACAGGAGAGAGGCCCUUUCAAUGCGACAUCUGUGCCAGAGGGUUCAUACAGCCUUCAGACCUGCGGGUUCACCAGCGGAUCCACACUGGCGAGAAGCCCUACAGCUGUGAUGUCUGCCUCAGGAAGUUCGCCCACAACUCCACGCUGCGCACUCACAAGAGGACCCACACCCAGGAGAAGCCUUUCCGCUGUGAGCAGUGUGACAGAGCUUUCAGCCACCGAGGGAACCUCAAUGUUCACCGACGCACCCACUCUGGGCUCAAGCCCUACGUGUGCCCUGAGUGUCACACAGCCUUCCGUCAGCUGGGGACUUUCAAACGCCACCGGAAAAUCCAUUCCAGAUGACUGGCUCAGUACCUUGCCCUCAGGUCCAAGUCUUUUCUGUUUUAAUGAGAAAAUUGAGAAUGAUUUGUCACCUGUGUGAUACACAGUGUGGAUGACAGGGGAAGGGCAUAGGAGGAUUGUGGAACCCAGGGUUCCACUCAUGUGAAUUAGGAUAUUUGAGUGAAUUAGGAUAUUUGCGUGAUGACUUAUUUUUCCCUUUGGAUUUUGUUUUCUAUGUUGCUAUAGACUAUAGUUUUCAUUUUCAUUUGUGUAUUUUCAAUUGGAGGAGAAUUGCCUUACGAUGUUAGACUCUGGUUUUCUUACAUGUUUUCCUUUGUGUUGUUCUUGUUCUUCCAAUGAAGCUGUGUCUCACUGGUUAUCAGUACCUCAUCAUCAGAGUGAGGCUACUGCUGAUUGCCUUCUUGUCAGGUGUGAUUUCCUUGUAAAAUAGGAUUCUCCUAGCAGGACAGCUGGAGAAGGCAAUGGCACUCCACUCCAG